AUGGCUGGCGAUAGAGGAGAUUCAGAUAACACCGGCCCAACUAGGUCGGGUAUCGCAGACGACUAUGCCAGUUCUUCAGCGCCUCCUGUGAGGUCCUCUGCACCGAGAAAUUACGGUAUGGGCAUAAGUAUAACCCUCGAAAACAAACAUGUGCUAAAUCCGCGGACAGGCACUCUGGAUUCAUUUUCCUCCGAAUUAUCUGAAGCACGCAACGAAGAAACGCAAACCCAAGACGUCAUCUCUACACCCGGCUUUUUACCUCCCACCGUUCCUGACAAGCCACGGAAACCGUCCAUGACCCGUAUGUCAUCCAAACGACAUGUGCCCCAUAAAAGACAGGGAUUUUCCACAGAUGACGAUGCUAAGGAAGUUGAGGAGGCCCAAAAUAUUGCUUACCAGCAUGCUCGCACCGCACCAUCACCGAGAGUCCGUCCUAUGAGCUCUACUCUGAGACGACGAACUAGCACACAUCCCAGCCCACUAAAGCGCUUGGAUUCGGACAAUAUAAGCGCUACAGACAUCGGGGAGCCCAGCGUGGAAUUUAUUGGUGACUCUCAUUCCCUGCAACAAUCGGAUUCAGAAAGUGAAGCAGAUAUCAUUGAUGAAUCUCAGGAGAUAGAUGAAGACGUAACCAGUGAGGAAGAUGCCGACAUGACGCUCAAGGAUCGACAGGCAGCCAUCAAUCAGACUCAUCCGUUCGGAAUCAGGAUUUGGAAGCCUGCCGUGUACAAAAAGAGCCGAUCGGUGGAAAAAACCGCAGAGGGCGAUAUUCAUUCAUCUCCCGGUGGUCAUGUCAGCCCAUUCUUGUAUAUCUUCAACCUAUUGUGGUCCCUGUGCUUUGGAUGGUGGUUGGCACUGGCUGCUCUAUUGGCUGCAACUGCAUGCUUCUUUUUCUCUUAUUCGCCUAGCGCCCUGGCCUAUGCAAGAGUAUUCUCUGGACUCUCCCGCUAUCUACUUUAUCCCUUUGGAUCUUUUGUGCUCCUCGAAAGCGACGCAGUCUAUGCCGAAGAGGACGAAGGGGAGGGCCGUAGUAUCAGCGAAUAUGAACAAUGGCAAAAUGGCGAUCUGGAAUAUGGCCGUUUAUUCUUCGGCCCCCGCAGAGAUCGAUCGCUCGUUGGGCGCCGGCGCAAUAGCGUUGACUCUGCGGGCGAGCAGGAUAGUCUCCUGGGACGUCCUCAGCGAGGCCAACGAGAGGAUUCCCAAUAUGUCUCUACUAAAAGUCGCUUUUUCGGCCGUGGCGAAUGGACCCUGGGCCGCGUGGUGUUCUUCGCGUUCUUCUAUUUCCUGGUGGGACCGUUGAUGCUUGUGGUGUCGCUUAUCUGCUGGCUUUUAGUAUUCUUCAUUCCAAUGGGUCGUGUGACACUCAUCCUCGCUAGUCACCUACGACGCCAUCCUCUGGCCUUGUCAUUCCAUUCAGAUUCGUCCUAUGCGAGACUCAGCUCUGGAUCUUCGUCACCUUCUAUUCUCCUCUGCACCUACCGAGCUGCUGGAACACGGUAUUGGAAGUAUACAAUUGAUGGAACAAAUAUCUUUUUCAUUAAUCUCCUUGUUAUCGUCUUCUUUGUGAUUGCCGAUUAUUUCUUUCUUUCACGGUUCCUUGGUGUGGAAUCCUGGUUAACACAUCCUGGACUCAUAUUCACUCUUGCAUUGUUUUCAAUCAUUCCCUUGGCCUAUUUCAUCGGCCAGGCUGUGGCUUCAAUCUCGGCCCAGUCCUCAAUGGGCGUCGGUGCCACCAUCAAUGCCUUCUUCUCUACAAUCGUAGAAGUGUACCUCUAUUGUGUCGCAUUGACAGAGGGCAAAGCUCACCUCGUUGAAGGAAGUAUCAUCGGCAGUAUCUUGGCAGGCCUUCUCUUCCUGCCUGGAUUAUCUAUGUGCUUUGGUGCCAUUCAUCGUAAGACACAGCGGUUCAAUGUGCAAUCCGCCGGUGUCACCUCGACGAUGCUCCUGUUUGCCAUCAUUGCCGCGCUCGGUCCUACCCUUUUCUACGAGGUCUAUGGUAGUCACGAGCUCAAUUGCCAUGCAUGUGUAGGCUCAAACGAUCGAGAUUGCCGCCAGUGCUAUUUCAGUCAGAGCACUUCGGUGUCGGACAAUUUCUAUGAGAAAGCUGUCCAGCCGUACGUUUUCUUUUCCGCCAUUUUCCUUUUCUUUUCAUACGGUAUCGGUCUCUUGUUCACACUGCGGACCCACGCUGCUACUAUUUGGUCCGAAUCCGAAGAGAAGGAAAAGAAGGUUCACAACACUGUUCAAGACUCGAUUUCCCAUGAGCCACGGCAGUUCACCGUGAAUGAAACCCCUGAAGCCUCGGGUGCCAUUCCAAGCCGCAAGGACUCGAUCCGCGAAUCUCCAUUGUACAAGCGAAUCCUUGGACAGUCUCUCAUAGAUGUUGGACUGGAUGGGAACACAGAGCAGAAUGAUGGCGAUUCGCUAGUUGAUAGUGUUUACCUCGUUCCCCCGCGCAAUGCAGACGACGAUCGGUCUAUCAUCAAGGGUAUCCAGGGUUUAUCGGGAGAGGACAACGAACGGCUCGUGCGCCGGGUCACGGAGGUUGUGGCUACAGCAGCCGCAACAGCUGCUCGUGAUGAUGCUCGGCGUCGCAAGCCUACGACCACGCAGGCUUCCGGAAAUGCUGAAGAGAGUGUUCCCGUGGAGUCUGCCCAUGCCCCCGGCGGACAUGAUGCUCCAAAUUGGAGCAAAGCUAAAAGUUCCAUUAUUCUUCUUGGAGCGACGGUUCUUUAUGCAAUUGUGGCAGAAAUUCUCGUCGACACGGUCGAUGUGGUGCUUGAAAGUGUGGAUAUCGAUGAAAAGUUCCUUGGCAUCACGCUCUUCGCUCUAGUACCGAACACGACUGAAUUUUUGAACGCCAUUUCGUUCGCAAUGAAUGGUAACAUUGCAUUGUCCAUGGAGAUCGGUUCAGCAUACGCUCUACAAGUCUGUAUGCUGCAGAUCCCAGCUUUGGUCUUCUUCAGUUCCUUCUACACCCGCUCCAUUGACCCUGCUCAGCUUGUGAGCCAUAGUUUCAGUCUUAUCUUCCCUCGAUGGGAUAUGAUUGUUGUCAUCCUGUGUGUAUUCCUUUUGUCAAACGUCCAAAGUGAAGGUAAGAGCAACUAUUUCAAGGGAUCGAUCCUAGUCCUGACCUACCUGGUCCUGGUGAUCGGAUUCUACUUGUCCGGUUACAGCAACCUGGACAGUAUGGGAAUUGAUCGAUUCGACACCCUUGCUCUCGGCAACAGCUACUCUGCAAAGUUCAACACUGUUGGCCGAGGCCCAGCUGGUAUCGCUUAUUAA